AUGGCGGAGAGCGGUCCUGUGGAUGGGGAUGAAGCGCCUUCCUCCUCCUCCUCCUCCUCCUCCGAAGCAAGCGGCGCCUGUCCCGGGCGUUGGGAGCGGCUGAGGCUGGCGGCCGGGCCCUGGGCUCGCACAGUGGCUCUGGUGGCGGUGCUCGGCCUCCUUUACUUUCUCAGGGGCCCGCUUCGGUUGCGGGACAACUUGGUGGCAGUGACUGUCUUCUUGAGCACAUUAACGCCAAAAUUCUAUGUUGCACUUACGGGGACUUCCUCUUUGAUAUCCGGCUUGAUAUUUAUAUUUGAAUGGUGGUAUUUCAGAAAAUAUGGCACUUCUUUCAUUGAGCAGGUUUCUGUGAGUCAUUUGCGACCACUGAUUGGAGGAGCAGAGAGCAAUAGUUCUCCGCAGUCAAGUUUCUCUGCCAGUAAUGGAGAAAGUGAGACAAACAGGCAAAGUUUAUCAGAGUGCAAAGUAUGGAGAAAUCCCCUCAAUCUGUUCAGAGGAGCAGAAUAUAGCAGAUACACAUGGGUGACUGGAAAGGAGCCUCUCACAUAUUACGACAUGAACUUGUCUGCUCAGGAUCAUCAGACUUUUUUUACAUGUGAAACAGAUUCACUUAGGCCUUCAGAUGCAGUUAUGCAGAAGGCAUGGCGAGAGAGGAAUCCUCAGGCUCGAAUCAAAGCAGCAUAUCAAGCUUUAGAAUUAAAUAAUGAAUGUGCAACUGCGUAUGUUCUCCUGGCUGAGGAAGAAGCAACUACAAUUGUGGAUGCUGAAAAGUAUUUCAGGCAGGCCUUGAGAGCUGGAGAAAAUGUUUAUAGGAAGUCUCAGCAUUGUGGUUCACAAAGUCCUCAACAUGAAGCUCAGCUGAGAAGAGACACCAAUGUACUGGUAUACGUGAAAAGAAGACUUGCAAUGUGUUCAAGGAAACUUGGAAAAAUUAAAGAAGCAGUAAAAAUGAUGAGAGAUUUAAUGAAAGAGUUUCCUCUCCUAAGUGUACUGAAUAUUCAUGAAAAUCUGCUAGAGGCCCUUCUGGAACUGCAGGCUUAUGCUGAUGUCCAAGCAGUCUUGGCAAAGUAUGACGAUAUCAGCCUUCCAAAAUCAGCAGCAAUAUGUUACACAGCAGCACUGCUAAAGGCCAGAGCAGUUUCAGAUAGGUUCUCUCCAGAAACAGCCUCGAGAAGAGGACUUAGUACAGCAGAGAUUAAUGCAGUAGAAGCAAUUCACAGAGCUGUUGAAUUUAACCCUCAUGUCCCAAAGUACUUGUUAGAAAUGAAAAGCUUAAUUUUACCUCCGGAGCACAUUCUGAAACGUGGUGACAGUGAAGCAGUGGCAUAUGCUUUCUUCCACCUCCAGCACUGGAAGCGCAUAGAAGGGGCCCUUAAUCUCUUGCACUGUACAUGGGAGGGCACGUUUAGAAUGAUCCCGUAUCCAUUAGAGAAAGGUCAUCUAUUUUAUCCCUAUCCCAGCUGUACAGAGACAGCAGACAGAGAGUUAUUACCAACAUUUCAUGAUGUGUCCGUCUAUCCUCAGAAGGAGCUUCCUUUUUUCAUCCAUUUUACAGCAGGGCUGUGCUCUUUCACGGCAAUGUUAGCUCUCCUCACUCAUCAGUUCCCUGAACUCAUGGUCAUUUUUGCAAAAGCUUUCUUUGGAACUCUCUUGUCACCUUUGAGCUUCAUGAUGGAGAAGAUUGAGCGCCUCAUGCCUGCUGGUCUCUGGCAUCAACUGACUCAAAUUUGAGAGGACCUUCGUGGUUGGGCCGGCCAGUUCUCAGGAACUCUAACAUCAGCACCCCGGCACAACAGCACUUGCAGCUAAGGGUGUGAAAGAAGACAAGCUCUAUGACUUUGUUUCAUUUUACAUCCCGUUCUUGGUGCUUGAGAGUUGCUGUAGCCCUCCUUAAGCCUUAGUGUCUGUAUUAAUUAAGAACACACAGCUUCUUUUGUGUGUGAGGGAAAGGUAUUGUGCUCACUUGAACAUUAGCUGUACCACUUGAAGCUACUGCUUCCAAGACCCUCUGAAAGGCAAUAAAUUUGGUAGAUGGUGUGUUGAAACUUCCUUCAGAACAGCAAGUACAUCUAAAUGCUCCUAGCCCAAAAUUCGAACGAGACCCUGUUUUGACCCUUGUUAGGCUGUCUCCUAGGUUGUCUUGUUUUUAUAUCUAUGGUUAAUUUUCUUUUGCAGUGUGUUCUUGGUGAUUAGCUGUAUUACAGUAACAUUGUGGGCAAUAUACUUUGUGAAAUAUCUCAGGCUCAACAGUGGGGCAGGAUAUCAGGUCGUCAUACUUUGGAUGUGAUCACCAAAGACCUUGUGGCCACAUACUUCUUGCAAGCAAAGCACCAUGUUAUUACUUACAAGACCACCAAAGCAGCAGAUACAACUCCUCCCAAAUUUAAUGGAUUAAAUUUUUGAUGUGGUUUUUCACAUUACC